UCGUCACAGAACGUAGGAAACGACCUAUUCAGCCUUCCGCCGCUGCGCGUUGACGUGCGGACUGAGAGAAAGCCACGGCUCAGCCACGUUCAACGUUUGCCCCGUAACAAUCCUGCUUAGCCGCUACCCAGCCGCGCGAAACCGUAGCUUACUGCGCAGCUCCUCCUCUUUGCUGCCGUGCACCACCAUUAUACCCCAUACUCAGCCCGUUGUCCCCGGUUUUCCCACCCACCGAGAGCCACUUCACGAGAACCAGCCAUACCCCUUCUCUUUUUCUCACCUCAACCACCAGCCGCUUAAGCCUCCGCCCUUCACCUCCGUGUCCAGCCACCGAAAACCAUUGACGGGUGUGCCCUGUUCUCACCAUACCGAAACAGAGGAGCCCCAUUCCCCUAGCUCUCGGUCCCGUUAGAUGCCACCAGCCACGGCACGGUGAAGCCCAGCGACGCCGACCAGCCACCCUUCCGUCACCCACGUGCCACUCAGCGAUCUGCCGCGCGGCACCCCAAGCCACCGCUCUCCCUUGGUAACAGCUCACUUCUCCUCACAAGGUGCUCUCUCUCUCUCAUCACUUUCUCUCUCACUCCCACAGUGCGCUGCCGCCGCUCCCAGCCGCGCCGCCGUAGAAACUCACCCAGGCCGCCGCCACACGAAGCCCUCUCGGAUUUAGGUGACAGGUAGUAACUCUCCGACUCUAUUUAGGACCGGGGCAUUACACAAAGUCACGUUUGAGAGAGGUUAGCGGCCAGCUGCAAUGGAAUGGUGCAAUCACUGCCAGAGAAGUUGCAACGAAGUAUGCAUGUUUGGCUUCAUUUCCUGUCCUACAUGUGGAAAGGUUCUUGCUGAAGUUGGUGUUAGGAAAAGUUCUUACUUGAUUAAAGCCAGAAAAAAGAGAAUGAAAAGAGUAAAGAAGGAGAAGAAGAAGAAGCCAGCAGAUGCAACAGAACCAGAGCAUUCCAGUUGUUCUUCGAGUCUCUCAAUCCCUGAAAGCAAAGUUCCAACUGAAUGUUCCCAGAAAGCAACCGACAAGAACCAGAUCAUUGAAAAAUGUUCACAAAUGAAAAUUAGCAAUACUAGGAUGAUGUGGUGUAGCCACUGUCUCGAAUUCUGCAGGACAGAAUGCUGUGGUGACGCCAUAUGUUGUUCUUUCUGCGGAAAGGUUUUAGAGUCAGCGAUCAGGAGAAAUUCUUUCUAGCGAAUUAAUGGCUCCAUCGACACUGGAAGUUGUCCUGCAUGGCUAAGAGUUGUAGCUAAUUAAUGACUCUUUUGAGAAAUAGGAUUAGUACUUUGGAAUGCUUGAAGGUGAUAUUUUCACUUUCUUUGUUUCAUUUUAAAUACAAUAUCAUGGAUUCAUGUGCAGGGACGAGGAAAUCCCCCACACCCAAUAACUUUCAAUAUUGCAAUUAAUGGGA